GAAACCCAUCAUCAACAACAAACAAAAUAACGUGCAAACCAAACAAUACAAAAAAUAAGAAGAAGUAGCAAUGAAAAUCACAAAACCACACGCCGCCUUGCUUUCAAGUCCCGGAAUGGGCCACAUCAUCCCGGUGAUUGAGCUAGCUAAACGUCUGUCCACUGACCAUGCUUUCCAGGUCACUGUCUUCGUCCUCGAAACUGAUGCAGCCUCCGCGCAGUCCAUGUACUUAAACUCGACGGGCGUGGACGUUGUCAAUAUUCCUUCGCCAGACAUUUCUAAUUUAGUGGACCCUGAAGACCACGUGGUGACCAAGAUAGGAAUCAUGAUGCGUGAAGCCGUUCCAGCUCUCCGAUCCAAUAUCGCUGCGAUGAUACAAAAGCCAACGGUUCUGAUCAUCGACUUGUUCGGCACAGAUGCUUUAUGUCUCGCAGCGGAGUUCAAUAUGCUAACGUAUGUAUUCAUGACUACCAACGCGCGUUUUCUUGGGGUUACUAUAUAUUAUCCAAAUUUGGACAAAGAUGUCAAGGAAGAGCACACCGUGCAAAGAAAACCGCUUGAGAUACCGGGAUGUGAACCGGUUCAAUUUGAAGAUACUCUAGAUGCAUACCUGGUUCCGGACGAACCGUUGUACCGGGAUUUUGUGCGUCACUGUCUAGCUUACCCAAAAGCAGAUGGCAUUUUGGUUAACACAUGGGAAGAGAUGGAGCCUAAAUCUUUGAAAUCCCUUCAAGACCCGAAACUUUUGGGCCGGUUAGCUCGUGUACCCGUUUACCCGAUCGGUCCGUUAUGCAGACCGGUAGAGACAUCUAAAACCGAUCACCCGGUUUUGGAUUGGCUGAGCCAACAACCAGAUGAGUCAGUACUCUACAUUUCCUUCGGGAGUGGCGGUUCUCUAACGGCUAAACUGUUAACCGAACUGGCCUGGGGGCUCGAGCAGAGCCAGCAACGGUUCAUCUGGGUCGUUCGACCGCCGGUGGACGGCUUGUCUUGCGGCGCGUACUUAUCAGUCAACAGCGGCGGAGCCAAAGACAGCACCCCGGAAUAUCUACCGGAAGGGUUCGUGACACGUACUAGCGAUAGAGGUCUCGUGGUCCCAUCGUGGGCCCCACAAGCUGAAGUGUUGGCCCACAGGGCCGUCGGUGGGUUUUUGACUCACUGCGGUUGGAACUCCACGAUAGAAGGCGUGGUUAACGGCGUGCCGAUGAUCGCGUGGCCGCUUUUCGCCGAUCAGAAUAUGAACGCGGCGUUGCUCAGCGACGAACUCGGAAUCGCCGUCCGAGCGGAUGGUUUGGAGGAGGCAGAUAGUACUAGGUCAGAGAUUGAGGCGAUUGUGAGGAAGGUCAUGGCGGGAGAGGAAGGUGAGGAGAUGAGAAGGAAAGUAAAGAAGCUGAGAGACAAUGUGGAGAUGUCUUUGAGCAGCGACGGUGGUGGUUCGGCGCACGAGUCGCUUUGCAGGGUCACGGAGGAGUGUCAACGGUUUUUGGAACGUGGCACGGACUUGGCACGUGGUGCUUAGAAUUGCAUAUUGUUCUCUAACUCUUUUCUCUUUUGUGUGUGUUUGAAACUCUGUGUCGUUUUCCAAAGUUUGCAUUUCCAUUGGAUCGCUGUUUCCUCAACUUGUAUUCCAUUGUAAUAGAAUAAUACUCGGUGUUUUGUCAUAUUAUUAUACUAGUGUUUUAGACUUCUAGUAAUCAUAUUUCUCAAUUAAUGUUCCAUUGUAAUAUAUAUUGAAUAAUUAAUUGGUGUUGUUGGUAGUAAAAUAA